UUUUAAGAAUAAUAGUGAAUAUUCACAUGAUGAAAAGUUGCUUAAAUGGGCAGAUUAUUCACUUACAAAAUCUGUCGUUGCUUAAAUGGACAGAUUAUUCAUUUACAAAAUCUGUCGUUCACUUCAAACGUGUUGCAUUAACAAACGUUGAAUUUGCUUUGUUAAUAGCUAUUAUUUUUACAAAACCUGAUGCUGAAGGCAUGUCUGUUGAAGGAAAGGACUUAAUUUAUAACGAAUCUGUUAAAUAUACAAAUAUUUUACUUCGAUAUAAUCAACGAAGAUUAGGUUUAAUUGAAGGGGCUCAAAGAUUGGAUGAAUGUUGUCGACUAAUUUGUCGAAGUAUUGAAAAUGAUUAUACUUUAAAGUUAAUUAUCUCUCAUCAACUUAAAUAUUAUUCACUGGGUGUAGAUUACUACUUUAAAUGCCCAAACUUUUUAAAAAGAAUUUUGGAAAAAACUGAUUAA